AUGCUGGAUACCCCCGCGGCGUUCAUUGGCGAGUUUGACGCCCUUGACGGACCAAAGGUAACCUACGCUUUCGAAUACUUCGAUUUCAACCGGGUAGCCAAGAGUAAUUCUGUCGUACGCCAGCUACUGUGCUUCAUCGAAGGAAGGACACUUCUGGGCAAGCAUGUUGCGAGUGGUUUGCUGCACUAUGAGUGCAAGGACUACCUCAACUCAGUAGCUGCUCAUGUACUCACGUCAAAUGAAAGUCGAGAAGAAAGCCUGCUGUACCAAGAAAGUGGGUGCCCGUGCGUCGGCAGCUUUCUUUUCAGUAUACCCGACAUCGUGGCACGCGGGGAGAAGCGCCGGUUUUGCCUCAUAUUCCUGCAUCCCUCGUAUCACGAGUUAGUGGCACGGUGGGACUACCUGAGCUGCUUUGUCGAGGUGCUGCUGAGGCGCUGGACGCAGCGCGCCACUGCUCGAUAUCAGCAGGAGUAUUCUACUGUAGCAAAUCUGGAGCAACUACGUGAGGAAUCUCGCCGGAAGCCGCUGCGCUCGCUGACGGAGCUCCUUUCCCUCGCUGUCACGGGGUCAGAUAGCUCGUCGGCGUCUACGGCCGCACAGGAGGCCGUGAUGGAGGACAUGCAUUGUCAAUUUGAAGUCAUUCUUCCUCAAGCGCUGUCAGAACCUAUUCCUUUGGCAUGCCACGAUAAAGAUGCUGCACAGCGUGAUGCAGAGCGGAUUUUGGAGGAUCGACUGCCUUUUGCUCAGUCCUGUAUUGACCGGCUGAAUACCGACGCCCCACACCUACACGGUGACAUUUUACUCCCACAAUUUGCGAAGCAGCUGCUUUUUGUCGACGCUGAAAUUGUAGUGAAGCCGCUACCGCUGUGGCUUCUCCAGUUUUUCGCUGACGCAGCUUCCAAGAACGCGCCAGAGGCUGCGACACAUACCCUUCUGCAUGCACUUUUCAGCGGCAACCAGAUUAUUGUCACCGGAGAGGACGCUCGAGACUGUGCCAGUCUUGCGAUGGCGUUGGCGUACACGCUUCCUCCGACUGUGGUGAAGGUGCACAUCGGCUCGGAGACUUACCGUAUGCCAUACGAGAGCCGACUGUUGACCUUUUCGCGGCGUGCACUCUCCAAGUACGUCUUCGUGCCAUCUCCAACUGCAGAUCUGGAGGGCAGCUCACCGCACAUUAUAAAGCUCUUUGACAUGGAGGCGGACGGAAUCGUACACGUGCGUGUGGACAACCAGCGCAUUAGUUUCAUACAAGAUUGUGACCAGUUGCGUCGUGCAGCUCAGCAACGUGAGCGGCAAGCCGUGGACAGCGAGAUAACCGUCGAGCCCACCACUCUGGAAAGUCGAAUACUCACCCUCCUCCAGCCGUACACUGCACGCGCGCGCGAGCAAAGUAGCAUUACUGUAUCCGCGCUCCAGCUCCUCACCACUCACCUGCAUCAGCUGGUGAGCGAGUACGUGGUGCGCGGGCGUGUUUACGGUCAGCUGUUUUCGAAACAGGAGGUGGAGGCGAACAGCACGCCACUGGCCCCAGGAGCUAGCGCCCCGCAGGGGUUGCUGGCAAAAUCGCCGCUGACGGGACAGUGUCUUUCCUCCUUCGGAUCCGGCUGGCGCAGCCCUUUCCGCAGCAGUGCGUCGCUGUGUUCUCAGCGCUCAGCUUCCAGUUGUGGCGCUGCCGGUGGUGGGGUAUCCGCAGCCGAGCGGCAAUCAGCGGAGAGUUCGUCUAUCACGAAGAGUGCCCAUCUCUCCCCUGUGUACGGCAAGCAGUUUCAGCAGCAGCAUUAUGUCUUCUCCAGUUUUGCUCCCGAAGACCACGCGAUACUCGUGUUUUUGGGGAGUGCCUGA